UAUAAGUCAAGACAACGGCUAGAAACAAGAAAGCUUCGAUAUCAAUAUGAUACUCGCAAAGUCGAAUCACAGCGAAGCGUCGAUCAUUCUUUCUUGAUCCUAACUCCAUUUCUUGAUUAGCCGACUUCAACAAGAAGACAAUAUUCCCUUUUUCAUUUUUCCUGUCCUCGGAUUUAUAAACACAUGGAAAUCUCAGAUACUCUACAAUGUCUUUUUCGAUCAUCUCCAUAUUGUCGUUGGCUUCUCUCCCUGUCUCUGGAUCUCUCCAAAACAGCAAAAAGUUAUUCGUGUUUGAUCAGCUGGCUGGUUCCUCAGAAUUCCCGCCGUUUUUCUUUCGGCUAAUAAUGAGUGCUUGGAGAAUACUGAAUACAAUUUGAAAGAGAAAAACCAUGCGUCGCAUACUUGAAGCGGCUCCUCCAGCGGCAUUAGUACUUAACCAAGAAAGUCCGCCUGCCGGCGGCCACUCCUCAUCGGCCUUAUUCUUCUUCCUGGCAGGAUUGAUUGUGCUUCUACUUUUGCUGAUUCUCGCAUUUAUUUUUCGGAAAUUUAUCAGACCAGCAUAUUUGAAAAAAUUGAUAAAGCGUAAAGACAGCAGCAAAGCUGGAAAAGAUUAUCUCAGUGGGAAUCUUCGAACAAUAAGCUACUUUAGCUUCCAAGCAUUAAAAAAGGCGACCAAGAAUUUCCAUGAGUCUAAUCUUCUUGGUAAAGGUGGAUUUGGGCCUGUUUAUCUCGGUAAACUAGAAGAUGGGCUGCUAGUUGCUAUAAAGAAAUUGGCUCUUGACAAAUCACAACAAGGAGAAGCUGAAUUUCUUUCAGAGGUGAAGAUGAUCACAAGUAUACAACACAAAAACCUUGUUCGACUUCUUGGAUGCUGCUCUCAAGGGCCUCAAAGACUACUUGUGUAUGAAUACAUGAAGAACAGGAGUUUAGACCACAUUAUUUAUGGCAAAAGUGAUCAAUAUCUUAAUUGGAACACUCGUUUCCAAAUAAUUCUUGGCAUUGCUAGAGGAUUACAAUAUCUACAUGAGGACUCACAUCUUCGUAUUGUUCAUAGAGAUAUUAAAGCUAGCAACAUUCUUCUCGAUGACAAAUUUCACCCAAGAAUUGGCGAUUUUGGAUUGGCUAGAUUCUUCCCUGAGGAUCAAGCUUAUCUUAGCACAACAUUCGCUGGAACACUAGGCUAUACAGCCCCUGAAUAUGCAAUUAGAGGAGAAUUGUCUGAAAAAGCUGACAUUUACAGUUUUGGAGUUCUUGUGCUUGAAAUCAUUAGCUGCAGAAAAAAUACAGAUCUUACACUAACAUCAGAAAUGCAAUAUCUCCCGGAAUAUGCAUGGAAGCUACACGAGAGGUCAAAGAUGAUUGAUCUAGUGGAUCCAAGAAUACGAAAUGCUGGUUUUAUAGAGAAAGAUGUUAUGCAAACAAUUCAUGUAGCUUUACUUUGCCUUCAAGCUCAUGCAAACACAAGGCCACCCAUGUCAGAAAUUGUAGCCAUGCUGACAUGGAAGGUCGAAAUGGUCAAAUCACCAUCAAAACCGACCUUUUUAGAUCGAAGACACAGAUGGAAAAAUGAGAAUACUUCAUGGGAAACUGUUUCAGCUGAAUUCCCUUCACCUUCAUUGACUCCUCCUCCAAAUUCAAGAGAUUAUAAUGCUAGCCAAAGCUUCUCGGGAUCAAUGGUGAAAGUUUAGUAUGAAAUUUUGUUAUUUUUUUUAAUAUAUUUUUUAGUUGGGUGUGUUUGUUGCAUCCUUUCUUUUUUGUUCAUAAAGAAUAUGUAACAUAUUUUGUGUAUAAUCUUUUUGCUCAUGUAUUAAUAAGGGGAAAAGGGGAAGCUUUGUACCAAAGAUUAUUUGAGCUCUUUUAAUGUCAAUAAAGGACUACUGCUUCUAAUA